CGGCAAUUCGCAUGACCAGCCACGUCAACACAAGAUGACGGAACUCACGUUGCACGUUCAGGUCGAGUCCAGGCCGCGCUGGCGCCUCAGCGAACCCGAUUGCCAACCGUACCUUGCCGCAUUCGUCCUUAAGCCUGUGCGACGAGCAUUCGGGUCAACUAAGGGCACAAACUGAAGCCCUACGAUUUCUCUCCUUUUUGCGCUCUCGCCGAGGCUCGGGCUGCUCACGGACCAGACUCCUUCCUCCCACUCUGAAAGCUAAGCUUACUGUUGGCAGGUCCCUGGGCAAACAGAGUACGUGAGAUGGGACGGACAUCAAAGGACAAGCGGGAUGUCUACUACCGCCUGGCCAAGGAGAAUGGCUGGCGUGCCCGCAGUGCUUUCAAGCUACUACAGCUCGAUGAGGAAUUCCAACUCUUCCAAGGCGUGAUGCGGGCCGUUGACCUGUGCGCAGCCCCGGGCAGCUGGAGCCAGGUGCUGAGCCAGAAAAUUGGGGGUGGACAUGUGGUGGCCGUGGACCUGCAGGCUAUGGCUCCGCUGCCAGGUGUGUUACAGAUACAGGGGGACAUCACCCAGCUAUCUACUGCCAAGGAGAUCAUUCAGCAUUUUGAGGGCUGCCCUGCAGACCUAGUGGUGUGUGAUGGGGCUCCUGAUGUAACUGGCCUCCAUGAUGUGGAUGAGUACAUGCAGGCCCAGCUCCUCCUAGCUGCUCUGAACAUUGCUACACACGUUUUGAAACCAGGGGGCUGCUUUGUGGCCAAGAUAUUCCGAGGCCGUGAUGUGACGCUGAUCUAUAGCCAGCUGCGGGUCUUCUUCUCCAGUGUGGUGUGUGCCAAGCCCAGGAGCAGCCGUAACUCCAGCAUUGAGGCCUUCGCUGUCUGUCGGGGUUAUGACCCUCCUGAGGGCUUCAUACCAGACCUGACCAAACCUCUGCUAGACCAUUCUUACGACCCAGAUUUCAACCAGCUGGAUGGCCCCACCCGCAUCAUUGUGCCGUUUGUGACCUGCGGGGACCUGAGCGCCUAUGAUUCCGACCGCAGUUACCCACUGGAUCUAGAGGACGGCUCAGAGUACAAGUACACUCCGCCCAUGCAGCCCCCCAUCUCUCCACCGUACCAAGAGGCCUGCACACUGAAGAAGAAGGGGCGGCUGGCCAAGGAGAUUCGUCCCCAGGAGACCCCUAUCAGCAUAGUGGAUGUCUUGCCCCAACCCCUGGCUGCCCCACCACGCCACACCCUGCUGGCCUCUGAGGUGGAAGACAGUGAUAUGAAUUGUUCACCUUAACACGUUAAGCUGAUUCAACUCAGAAGCUGUUCGCUGUCAGGAGAGCCAGAACUUGCAUUGAUGAACUUGUUUUCAGAUAUCAUCAUCUCAUCAACAGGGCCUGAACAUUCAAGCCCCAAGUGGGAAUCUGCAACAACCACAUAAACAACAAAGAAACAUUGCAGAAUGUCUAUCUGCACUGCAAUGGAAAUUCUAGAGUUGAGGUCUUACCUCUUCUCUAGGUAAACCUUUCCAGGGGUGUCCUAAUUAUGUCCCGAAUUUAUCCCUAAAGCAGGGAUUCUUAACCUGGAUAGAAGUCAGGGGUAUCCAUGAACUUGAUGGAGGAAAAUAUUACAUCUUUAUUUUUCAUUAAUAUAACUGAAAUUUAAUUCCACUUUGAAUCAUGAAUGCUGGCAAUAAAUCACAGUAGUAAAAGCAGUACCUGCAACUUUUUCACCAAUACAAAUCAGUCCUUUUUUAUGUUACAUUACAAUUGUUGCAGGUAUCUUGUAAUGUUCUCCACAUCCGUUACUACUAUGAAUAUGGUAGUUCUUGUUACUUGAUAUACUAAUAAAGAAGUCCUUAUAUUACUAUA